UCACAAAUACAACAAAGAUAAUAACUAGAGUACAACUUGUAUUUUGAAAGAUCACAUAUUAACUUAUCUCUAUGUAUGCAUACAAGGAAGACUCAGGGUGAAAUAUAGGUGGAGAAGGUUAUUGAAAAUCAUGAAUCAUUGAACACUACAGGCCUACUGGCUUUAGAGUAACUGGGACGGGCCAAGAUUUUUGCCACCCCUUUCCACGAAAAUAACUUCUGCAGUUGGCCAAAAAUGCUGCACACCACUUUCUUUCCACAGUGCCUACAGGGUAACUUUGAAAUGACAAUUGGAUCAAGUUUGUUUUAAUAUUUGUUAAGAUGAAACCCUACUUAACUUGUUUUCAUCUCUGUCAAUUUAUUCAAUUUGAAUUGCUAGAGUAGUCAUUUUGAAUUAAUGUAUAUAUAGUAUUUUAUUUGCCUUUCAGUACUAUGACCAAAGAACAGAAUGAUUCAAAAAGUAUGCUUACUGACUCUUGCUUUAUGUUGGAUGGUCAUGGUAUGUGCUGAGCGAAGCCCAAUACUUAUCAUUGAUUUCGGGACUUCAAAUACUCGGUAAUGAAUUAUGAUUCUUUUGUCACAGCUUCAAAACUGUUGAGUACAUUAUUUUUACAGCCAAUUGUUUGUUCCAUAUUUGAAACAGCUGAUAUUCUGUUAAAUGAAAUUAAAUAUUUUAAAGGUAAAAUUACAAUUGAACAAGAAAUAAUUUCAUUAUCAUUUUACUAACUAAAGUGGGGAUACCAAUGCGGAAACAAAUGCAGGUCAUAAAAAAAAAUAUCUGCUAUAAUUAUCAGUUUGAUGCGUAGUUUAAUUUAGAUAUUCUGUGUGUGUGUAUGUGAAGCCCUGGCUUUAAUGAUUUUGUUAUCAUUAAUAUGGAUUUAAUCCAAACAAUAAAAGCCAUGUCAAAAUUCCAUAACAAACAUCAGAACAUUGCACAUACGUCACAUGCAUCAUUUAUAUUAAACUAGAGAUGUUGUGCACAUGUUUCACAUGGACCAUUUUCAAACACAAAAACAGAGCUUUUGUUGUGCAUGAAAAUUUUGAUUGGUUUUAUUAAUGUUAUUGGAACAUCGUUACAUGGAGUCCCAAUCAUGGAGUCCUGCAGGUCCAUGUUAUAGUUUUGUACAGUUCCAAUAAUUGUUUCACAGACUUCAAAUUUAAUGUCUGAUAAUACUGAAGAUUUUGAUUAUUUGAAGUUAUUCAUCAUUGAAGAUGUUUCUAUUACAUGUACGGUACUUCAAAACACCUUGGUAUACUACCAUUUACUUUAAAGAUUUAUUGAUUUUUUUUUUCACAUGUAAUAACUUUGAUCUUAUUAAGUUUAAGUAAAACAAUAACUUAUUUAACUGAAUUCAUUCAACAUCACAAAAAGCAGAAUUUAAAAAUUUUUCCACAAAUGAUUUAUUAUUAGAAAAUAUCAGCUCCACUUUUCUGUCUUAUUACAGUAUGGGUAUUUACAGCGAUGAAGUGUUUGAGAUUAUCCCUAACUCACACGGUCAGUACAUGUUCCCAUCAUGUGUCGCAGUCACCAAAGAUUAUGGCUUGUUAGUUGGACUUGAUACCAUGGAUGCCGCCAGCUCAAACAAUGUGAUAUGCGGUAUGAAGCGUCUGAUUGGCAGGACAGGGGAUGAUCCUAUCAUGCAGGAUGCCAUUAAACAUUAUCCUUUUCAAGUUGCAGAAGGAAACAAGAGUCUGCCAAUCAUUAAGGUACGGCCCAUGGUCUGCUAACAACAGUCUGCCAAUCAUUACGGUAUGUUCCUUGAUUUAAGAAUUAGCUACACCAGAGUUGUGACAGGGUGACCUCGAUGACAGCUGUAUCUAUAUAUAGUAUAAGUUAUUAUACUCAUACAUUGUCAAAUGUCCAAAGUAUUGGAUUUAGGUGUCCUAAUGAUGUUUCUGUUUUUUCUACUUAUUGCUACGCAGUAAAAUUGUCACAACUCUGACUCCAUAAUGUUGUUAUACAUGUCCUCUACAAUUUUUCCCGGGCCGUAGCAGAGUAAUAUGGCUCCCCUACAUCUACUUAUUAUUUACAAUACUUUUAUCCAUCCCCAACCAUUUUUGCCUCACCAACAUAUGCUACUUAUUCUGUUUUCACCUCCAUUUUUGCCUCACCAACAUAUGCUACUUAUUCUGUUUUCACCUCCAUUUUUGCCUCACCAACAUAUGCUACUUAUUCUGUUUUCACCUCCAUUUUUGCCUCACCAACAUAUGCUACUUAUUCUGUUUUCACCUCCAUUUUUGCCUCACCAACAUAUGCUACUUAUUCUGUUUUCACCUCCAUUUUUGCCUCACCAACAUAUGCUACUUAUUCUGUUUUCACCUGCAUAUAUUUGACUUAUUUGCCUGCACUAUUUGCAUCCAUUUUAAAACCCUUCAGUCAACAGUAUUGAAAUACCAUUCCUCAGUCUCUUCAGAAUAUUAAUUUACCAAAUGUUAAAUUCUCCCUCCCAUUUUGGCACCUUGCAGCCCUGUGUUUAACAACCACCUCUGUAUUUAAUCAUAGAGGCCAUCCAUAAAGUUUGUCACACAAUUUGUUGACAAUUUUUACCCCCUCCGUCUAAUCUUGCCCCCGCCCCCUAAAGUAUGCACACCUUCGAACUGAAAAAUUGUUCAACACUGAAAAACUAACUCAAAUUUAAUCUAAACACUCUUCACUAUUAAACUACUAAAGUCAUAAAAGUGACAUCAACUUUCAGGAUACAUCCGUCACAACUGAAAAUUCAACAUCACCGUCAAUUUCAGGUUUUAUACUUUUUAUAAAACAAUAAAAAAAGAAUGACAUCACACAAGAUCUUUACACUCCCCUCCCCCUCCAAAUGUGUUACAAACUGUCACACUUUCUUAGACAUCCUCCAGCAUGUGACAUACUUUAUGGAUGGCCACCAUGUGACGCUACUGGUCACUGUCUACAUAACAGGUUACAACCUAAAUUUAACUUUUAAGGUAUCUUAUCAAAUGCAACGUUCUUCCUCAGUUUACUUUAUCUGGUAUAGUUAGCAAACUCUUUAGGACGUAUUGUGCCCAAAGUGCUUCACUUGAUGUCCCGAUGUAUGAGUCAUGCUGGUCCAACUCUAUAAGCUCAAGGAACUAAUUUAAAUUAAAAAGGCUUUAUUUGAUUUGUGUAUUUGUUCCUCUGUCACCCUCUUCCUGCUCCCAAGCUUUUGGACAUGCACUUCAGUAGUGAAGGAGAAAUAAAAAGUGUGGCAAGCGGGGGCUAUAAAUAUACGUUAAUGAACUAACUAUAACAAUUUAUACCAGAUUAAUUCAGAUAGGGGUCUUCGCGACAUCAGCAUUGAUGAGAUCACUGCUUUUUAUCUGAGACACCUGAGAGAGAUGGCCAGCACAUACCUGGGUCAGAAUGUUACCAGGGUGGUCCUCACCAUCCCAGACCAUUUUACUGACCUUCAGAGGCAGGCCAUCAGACACGCUGCCACACUUGCUGGUUUGGAUGUCCUCGUACUGUUGAGUGAGCCGUAAGUCGAACUGAUCCCAUCAGUGGUCCUGUCAGCCGGGUGUCAGUACAGAUUAUUUUGGAUCCCAUAUUGUUCUAAACUUAAAGUGGCCCCAUCUCUACUUUCCCCCUAUAGUGACCAAGCCACAAAAUUACAUUAGAAAAGUGAACAAUUAAAUCGCAACCUGUAUUGACAUUCCCUGGCCUAUUAUUAGCAAACUCAUCAAUUACAGUAUGUAAGAUUUUACACACAAAAGUAGUGAUUACAUGGUUACACUCCGUACUCCACGUUGAAAAUUUUGUUUGCGUUUGUUAGGGGGGAAAAAUGACUGCGGCGGGGAGGGACAUUGUCCCAAUGGUGGAGGGGGGGGGGGGGCCAAAGAUCCAAAGUGGAGCAGGAACACCAAAAACCUCGUCUUCUUAAAAGAGGGGGGAAAAGGGGGGGGGGGGGGGGGGGACAUUGCCGGAGGGGGGGGGGGGGGGGGGGGUGCCAAAGAUCCAAAGUGGAGCAGGAACACCAAAAACCUCGUCUUCUUAAAAGUCUUCUGAAAUCAGCAGUGCGUCACAACACUGGAAACCACGCACCAUUUUAUACCUGUUAAUAAGUUUUCUAUUAUUACUUACUGUUUCUGCUCUCCAGUCUCCAUCAUAUUGGUGGUCUUACUGUAAAUAUGUAUUGAAAAGACAUCAAAACCAAUGUGUUUAUGGUGUUAUUAUUAACAUCAGACAUAUAACAGCAUUGACUCUUUUUUGACCGGACAGAGGACACAUCACAUUGACAGUUUACCGCUUCAAGGAAGAUACUGAGCAGAGUAAACAUGUAUCAACUAAUAUAUCCUUGAUGAUAGAGUAGCUGCAGCUAUGGCCUAUCCAUAUGAAGAGAUUAACAACGUUAACAAGGAACAGACUCAUCUUGUGAUCCAUCAGGGCACCAGCAGCUUGGGCGUGUUUGUUCUGUUUCUUGACUACGGUGUCGUCUCUGUGGUGGCUGGUCACACGGACCCCUACCUUGGUAAGAAAUCUGUAGGAGUAGGACAGGGGUCUCCAAACUACGGCCUGCAUGCGGCCCGCGAAACCCUUUUAUGCGGCCCGCGGAGACCUUUUUGUCUACGGAAAAAAUUACGGAAAUUUAGUUGUAUCCUGCCAAGAUCAGCCACCGCUUACGUGGAUGUUAUGUUUUUACCGAAUUAAAAUAGAGGCGCGCAGUAGUGCGUUAUGUUUUCUAACCAAUCGUUACUUGGCAAAACCUUAUUCGCUGCAUAGUUUUUCUACUUGCGUUCACAGUCAAUGAGAUACAAUGCCAUCUAGUGGCGGAGCUUUGCCCACUGUGUUGCAGACAUGGGUGAAAACAUCGUGACUAAAAUAGUGAAAAUGCAAGCAAGUUUCGCCAAUUUUUAAUUGCAAUGGAUGAAACGCUGGACAGCUGUUCCACCUCUUAACUGCUUGUGUUCGUUAGAGGUGUGGAUGAAGACCUGAACAUAACACAAGAGCUGGCUUUCCUACAUAGCAUGUACGACACUGUUACCGUCGAGGAUAUAUUUGAUGAGUUGAAAAAAACAUUUGCUGAUUAUAACUUGGACUGGACUAUCCUCAGUUGCCUGACUGUUGAGGGAGGAAAUAACAUGAGUGCUAUAAAGAAAGACUUGGUUGGACAAGUGAAGCAGAUGUGUAAUGAGAAAAAAAUUCUGUAACCAAUGUUCCUGCACUGUAUUAUUCAGCAGAAAGCUGUGUGUGCUAAAUAUGUGGAAAUUAGCAGCGUACUGAAUCCUGUGCUAAAGAGGGUUAAUUUAAUGAGGUCACAUGGGCUCAACCAUAGACAGUUCAGACACCUGUUGAAAGAUGAAGACACAGAAUCGCAAAAUUUACCAUAUUACACAGCAAUAAGAAGGCUAAGUUGUGAGAAAGUUCUGAGCAGAGUAUUUAAGAUAAGAAAGGAAAUAGGUGACUUCCUGGAAAGUAAAGCCAAGCCACAGCCAUCAUUGUCUGAUGAAAAGUUGGUAUGGAAAUUGGUCUUGGCUGCAAACAUAAGUAGUCAUUUGAAUUUUUUGAACCUAAAACUACAAGGAGAGGAAAAUGUAGUUUCUGAUCUAUACACCCACCUAAAGGCCUUCAGAUCCAAAUUCGUCUUGUUUUUUGGAACAAGUACAGGUCAACAACUUGACGCACUUUCAGCAGUGCAAGGUCUUCAUGGCUGAAGCAACAGCAGAGUUCCCCAGGUCAUUUGCAUGUGAGAUCAUGAAAGACCUCCAGCUGCAGUGUCAGCAGCGGUUUUCUGACUUGGAUUUAAAGGCAGAAGAAGUGAAACUUUUUCAAAACCCAUUUGAAGUAGAUGUGGCCAGUCGCCCAGAUGAACUGCACCUGGAGGUCAUUGAGUUGUAAGCAAAUGACCUCCUUAGGGACAAGUUAAAAGAAGGACCGGUGGGUUUUUAAUUAAUUUUCACCCAAGGAAGACUUUCCUAAUUUCAAAACAUUUGCAUACAUGCACCUUUCAAUCUUUGGAGCAACAUGCCUGUGUGCACAAACAUUUUUAAGAACAAAUACGUGAAGAACAAUUUGAGAAAAAAAUUUGUCAGGUCACUGUUGAUGUUAGAGACAUCAAAUCUAAAUCCAGAAAUGUCUGCUCAUCACUGCUAUUUUGGCAUCAAGGAAACAAUUUCACCAUUCCCACUAAUACAGGUGUUCAUGUGUCGUGUAUCAAUGUGUUAUUAAAUAAUAACUGACUUAAAUAAAAUACAUAAAUAAUUAAAAACAACAACCAUGUUUUGAUUCUUUUUUAUUUGGACCUCAAGUGUGUAGUCGGCCCCCAAGCUGCUGUUUGAUAGUUAAUGCGGCCCUCGGGCUGAAAAGUUUGGAGACCCAUGGAAUAGGAGCUAGCAAACAUUGACUAUGUAUUAGACAGGUUAUAGUGGAGUUGUAAUGAGACAGGACAUAUUGGAGUCAUAUUGAGACAGGACAUAGUGGAGUUGUAGUGAGACAGGACAUAGUGGAGUCAUAGUGAGACAGGACAUAGUUGAGUCAUAGUGAGACAGGACAUAGUGGAGUUGAAAUGAGAUAGGACAUAGUGGAGUUGUAAUGAGACAGGACAUAGUGGAGUUGUAAUGAGACAGGAUACAGUGGUGUCAGAAAUCUUUGGUCCAAUUCUAUUUUGUUCAUAUUAAAUAUCACCGGUAGCUAAAAUCAUUUUCGGAAAGUUUGACAAUUAAUUAUUUUAAGUUUUAUACAAUUGUGCUGUAUAGGUGGCGAAGUGUUGAACAAGCGAGUGAUGGACUUACUGCUGAAAACCAUUCAGGAUGCCAACGGCGGUAAAGACAUUCUGUGGGGAGGCAACACAAGGAAAAAACUACAGACCGAGAUUGAGAAAGCUAAGCUUCAACUCUCAUCAUUAGACCACGUGAUUAUAGAGGUUCCUGAUUUGAUGGAUGGUCAUAGCUUUUACUACAAUCUUUCUCGGACUGAGUUUGAGGAGAUCAACAUGGUGAGCAGUUACUAGAUUGUCAAUGAGUCCGAAAGUGGGUCCAUCGCGUCCCCGGAGAUUAACGUAAAAAAAAAAUGUCUUAAUGCAUGGUAAAAAUUGGUUGAUUAAAACAGGGUCUGAAAAUGAUGGCCAGCUGGCCACAUUCGGUCAGCGACAUUGGUUUAUCCAGCCCGCGGUUUCCAUAGUGAUUUUGAAGUCAAAGAAGAAAUAGCGACUGUUAAAAGUCUGCAUGCAACAACAGCGGAUGAUAUUUUCUAAGAGGUAGAAAAAUCUAUUACUCAGUAAAAUUUAGAUUGUAGGACCUCACAACAGAUGUUGAUAAAACCAUGUAAAAUCUUUGUCAGCUUUUCAAUUUUUUACAAAGUAAAAGAGGAAUAUCCAGAUUUACCCUGCCACAAUGUCAUGUGACUCAGCUGAAUGAAGACAUUGAAAUCUAGUUACAUAGCAAUCUUAUCAGAUAAGCUUUUGCAAGCAAUUUUGAUGAAUUGGACUCUAGGAAUACUAUAACUUUGAACCUCAACUUAAAGUCAUUAUGCCAGAAAAGCAACGCAUUGUAUGCUUUUCACCUAUGAGAAAAAAGCUGCUUGUUCAUUUCAAAUGUUUUCCAUAUUAUAAUACUUAAUUUGGAAUCUUAAUUAAAUUAAUUUCAUCUAUGUGAGAAAAGUAGAUUGUGGCCACCCCUUAUGAAGAAUUUACUGUGACAUUUGGUAACGGAAGGAGGUGUGGAAUGAAUGGCGGUAUUUCACGGGUGGCACUUUCACGGGUGGCACUUUCCUCCCUAAUUAUAAGGGGCAGCAUUUUCAUGGAUUGGGAUGAAAAAAAGCUUGACCGCCCCGGGUUGCCCCUAGCUAGACUAGACCUGAUAUGAUUAGUAAACAACAAAAUAGCCAGUUUCAACUACCUAUCCUACUAAAAAAAACACACAGUCAAAUAAAACACAUAACACAUCUCCACCAAUAUGAAAUAAGACAUUGGUAAACCAAUCUUUGAUAGAUUAAAUGUCGGGCGUGUCAAAUUGUAAAUUUCUCGAUCAAGGGGAAGUUUGUUAAAAAUGACCUCAAUUAAUCUACAGGGGGGUUAAAUAAGAUAAGAUUAUUUGAUUGAUCUAAAUAAAUCUGUAAAUCAUGCACUGGGCGUGUUACAACUUAUAGGCUGAGACUGUGUGUCACUAGGCUAUGAAAUAACUUAUAGGCUGAGACUGUGUGUCACUAGGCUAUGUGUAACAAGGCUAUGUGUCACUAGACUGUCACUAGGCAAUGUGUCACUAGACCAUGUGUCAUUAGACUAUGUCGCAAAAGAGAAGAAACAACUAGUUUUCCCUUCACUUUACAAUGUAACUAUUAAAUUGCUUAUUUUCUAAAAAAAUUAGUAAAAAAUAAUUUGCGUUAUCUUUAUCCAUAAUUGUUAUUUCCUGUUAGACAAUUAGGCCUAUAGUUAAUUAAUUUUGAAUUUUUUUUUCUCCCUUAAAAGGGUCUGUUUGGAAAAGUGGUAUCGGUUAUCUCCGAUGUCUUACGAAAUGCCGACAUGAGACCAGAUGAAAUUGAUGACAUCAUUAUGGUGGGAGGCUCAACCAAAGUUCCAAAGAUUCAGGAAAUGGUCAAAAUGUUCUUCUCGCAACAAAAAGUAUUACUAUUAGGCUUAUAUUUUUAACCAGUUGAUAUAUUUUCAAAAAUUAAAAGAAACUACAUAUUAUUUAUAUAUCUGCUCUGUCUUGCUCUCUCUAGGAAUAUUUUUGUUUGUAGCCAAAGUAAAAAACAAAUUUGAAACGCAAGCAGAUCUAUAUCAAAUGCAUUAAUAAUGCACUCUCUGAUAUUAAAGGUAAAAUGUACAUAAGCUGACAGUGUUGUGUUGAAUAGAGUGAUUAAUGAUUUUCUUGUCAUUACUUUUUCAAUAAUCAUAAUACUUUAAGAUAACUUAAUUAGGUCCUAAAAUUAUAUUUCAUUCUCAUUAUGCAAUUUUACAUUCUAUGCAUCUAGGAGGAGCAGCCUAAUGUUAGUGUUAGAUAAAUUGUUAAAAUCAUCUACAUUAUUAUAUAACUUGUUUCAGGAGCUCUUAUUGAGCGUUGACCCAGAGUUGGCUAUACUUUACGGGAGUAAAAACAGAGCAGCUUAUAUUGAAAAGUACGAUGACAUUGAGCCAUACCUAGACGUGACCAGAUUGGCACUUGGAAUACAGACAAAUGGAGGACUCAUGAGUCCCGUCAUACCAAAAUUUACAAUAAUUCCAAUCCCCAAAAAGCAUCAGAUCUUUUCCACGGCAACAGAUGACCAGGAAGCCGUCACCAUUCAGGUGAGACAGCUAUACCUGAAUGUCAAUGGUUUUGAAAUACAUAUUUUUAUAUAUGUAUAUAUAAAAAUAAAUAAAUGCUGUCCACUUUUCAAAAAAAUAAAAUGAAACAAAGGCAGUGUCUGGCAGUGUCUGCACAAAAAAAAAAAAGAAGCAUUUUGAGCAUUCUUUAGAAAAACAUAAAAUAAAGUGAAAACUAAACUAAAAAGAAUUUAACAGAUGCUCAGACCUGUUUACUCUUACGAUUUUGGCAUACAAUGUACGAUUUUGAGGUGUAAACAUAUAUACUGUAUGUUUAUUUUUUACUAUAAAUAUAAGGUAUUGAACAAUUUUGUGAUGAUAUUGUACGAUUUUAAGGGUUUGAGGGUAAACAGGUCUGGAUGCUGUGCAGAGUUGGAGAGAAGACAGAACUGGUAGUGAUCUAAUUAAGAAUGUGGACAUCAGAAAAUAUACUAUCUGGGGCAGGGUCAUCUUCUCAGAGGGGGAACAGUUGCUUCCAAUCUGAUCUGGAAAUAACACUUCCUCUCAACCCCCCAACCUUCCCCUUUGACUUUCUCUCGGUUACAAAAUAAAAAUGGUAAUGGAAACAAUACAAAUGCCCUGGACUAAACUAAUGCAUUAUAAUUGCUAAUGUCUAACAGAUUUAUGAAGGUGAACGCCCGUUCUGUCUCAACAACAAACUUCUGGGUCAGUUUGAUGUGCCCAUCAUUGAAAGAUCAGCCAGAGGGGUCCCUAAGAUCACGGUCACUUUUGAAGUGGACGUCAACUACAUCCUGACAGUGUCUGCCCAAGAUUUGAACGGUAGCCACGUGGUCAGUGUUGUUAUAGGCAAGAUAGAUGAAAACUCAGAAAACACCAAAGAAAGGAUUCGUGAGGCAGAGAAGAAGGCAGAAGAAGACAAACGUACAAAGGAGUUGGUGGAGACCAGGCUGUGCCUUGAACAGAGGAUGUACACAAUGAGGAGGAGGUUGAAUGAGUUGGGGCAGGUCAAUGAAGAAACAGAUCAAGAUUCUGAGGCAGGUGAAUGUACAGGUGCCUUUAACUUGUUGGAGGGACCAACUUAUCUACCCGAUUUGGGGGAUUUUGAAAAAUUAGACCAUAUACAGGAAGAGCAGAUUCUGAAAGACAAAGAAGAGCUAUAAUUAGAAUGGUAUGACACUGCAGAGUGGACAGAGCAGCUAUUUCAAUUUCAACACCAGUUUGACUGUUGGAUUUACUAAAGGCAAUGUCUCUGCAGUUACAGAAUUCACUUGAACUUUUUCCCUGCACGACUUCACAUUAACUAUUUCCCAGCAGGAUUUCAUCUGAACUAUUUCCCUGCAAGAUUUCACAUUGAAUAUUUCCCUCCAGGAUUUCAUCUGAACUAUUUCUCAGCAGGAUUUCAUCUGAACUAUUUCCCUGCAUUUCACUUGGAUAAUGUUUGAUGUCUGUCAUAACAUUGUUUUAAUGCUAGUGUUGCAUACAAAAUGUGUUGAUAUUUCUUGAUUAUUUAAAAACGAAUAAAUAUUCCUGGUUUUACAGGAAGAAAUAA